AAUCAAGGUACCAUCUCUGAUGUGGAUGUGCAGCGUCUGGAAAGCGCAACGGGCGAACUUCAAAGCUAAAUAUUUGAGGACGUGCGACAGACACAGACCUACAAUGGAUGCCAUGAGUAGGCCUAUUUUUGUAGCGCUAGUAAUUAUUGUGUCAAUCUUAGUAGGUUGACCUCUGUAUUUUUGGCUUUGUGCGUAUGCCAACUUUUAUAGCCUACCCUUGUUGUGACAGUGGCUAAAUUAGAGAUCAUCAGAAUAGCUAGCACAUCAGUGCAGACCUAAUGUGUGCAGAUGUGCCCUGUCCAGUUGGUGCACGUUUAUGUAAGCUGUCACGUAAUAUUACUUUCAUGCUAUCUUUUCCCAGGAGGAGCUACACUUGCUCAGUGGUUGCUCUGUCAGAUGCACGGCUGUUUGAAGAAACGAAGGGUCUGAACGAAGACGACAAGAAAGAUCUCGAUUUCGGGUGUGACCUGAGGCUUGAGGAGGCUGGAGCGCGGGCAUGUUGGCCAGGAAGGGUAUUCUCCCAGACGGCUUCCUGCUGACCCGGCUGGCUGAGGAUGCCACCCACCCAAACCGCUUCCGCUCCAAGUCCCAGCGGGCGCGCUUCAUCACCAAGACCGGCUCCUGCAAUGUGGCUCACAAGAACAUCCGGGAGCAGGGGCGCUUCCUCCAGGAUGUUUUCACCACCAUGGUGGACCUGAAGUGGCAGCACUCCCUGCUGAUCUUCACCUCUGCGUUCCUGUGCUCCUGGAUGCUGUUCGCCAUGGUCUGGUGGCUGCUGGCCUUCGCCCACGGGGACCUGGAGCCCCGCGACCCCCACAGCAUGCAUGUGCCCUGCGUCACCGCCAUCCACUCCUUCACCUCCGCCUUCCUCUUCUCCAUCGAGGUCCAGGUGACCAUCGGUUUCGGUGGCCGCAUGGUGACGGAGGAGUGUCCCCUGGCCAUCACGGUGCUGAUCAUCCAGAACAUCUUGGGCCUGAUCGUCAACGCCGUGAUGCUGGGCUGCGUCUUCAUGAAGACGGCGCAGGCCAACCGGCGCGCCGAGACCCUCAUCUUCUCGCGCAACGCCGUCAUAGCGCCGCGCAACGGACGGCCCACCUUCAUGUUCCGCGUCGGAGACCUCCGCAAGAGCAUGAUCAUCUCCGCCACCAUCCAACUGCAGGUGAUCCGGCGCACCGUGACAGCGGAGGGUGAGGUUAUACCUGUGUGCCAGCUGGACGUGCAGGUGGAGAACCCCCUGAGGAGCAACGGGAUCUUCCUGGUGUCGCCACUCAUUGUCAGCCACACCAUCGACCGCAGCAGCCCCCUCUACGACAUCUCAGCACAGUCGCUCGCCACGGAGGACCUCGAGAUCAUCGCCAUCCUAGAGGGCGUGGUGGAGACCACGGGCAUCACGAUGCAGGCGCGCACCUCCUACACUCCGGAGGAGAUCCUGUGGGGGCGCCGCUUCGUCUCCAUCAUGACGGAGGAGGAGGGCCGCUACUGCGUCGACUACUCCAAGUUUGGCAACACCGUGCCCGUGCGCAUGCCCGCGCUGAGCGCCCGCGAGCUGGACGUGACGCGCGGGGUGCAGGUCAAAGGGCCCAGUGAGGGCCAGCCACAAGGGUGGGGGCUGGUGCGCGCCGGCCGGGGGGGCUAUAGACGCGGAGGGGGCACGGGAGCCGGGAACACUUCGGGGGCCGCCGCCAGGCCGUGGUACGCCCACGUGGAGAAGGACGAGGAGGAGAAAGAGAAGGAGAAGGAGAAGGACACGGGAGCGUUUGGACUGAAGAAGGGCAACAAGAAGAUGGUGAAGCUGGAGGAGAUCGGCAGGGAGAUUCGACAGGAGUCCAUCGAGGAGAUGAGCGAUUGAGGUGUCAAAAAAUCCAGUUCACAAGUACAGUAAAAAAAAUAAACCUGCCACAGUUUCUACAAAGUCAAGUCUAGGGGUCCGACUCAAUCUGGUACCUCCUGACCUCUCCUUUUGCUUGUGGCCUCGAGAUGCGAGCCAACACAUUGUGGGAAGUUGACAACGAGACAAGUUUUAUUCGAAUUCUGACAAAAGCACAAUUCAAAGUUAUUUUUUUCAUUUGCCACAUGCACAUGAGGAACUAAUAAGCACAUGUUGGGCAAAUGGGGAGGGGAAUUCAUUCCAAUUCGGUGGCAGUGUCUAAAUCCGGUGAUUUAACUGAAAGUGAUUUACCGGUAGUAAAUCCUUGAAUAGACAAGG